GUGGCGUAGCUCAAUAUGGUCUCAUGUGGGCUGUCUUUCUCUCGAACAUCCUGAAGGGAAGACUAGUUUAGCCGUUUAGAUUACGUGUUGAAUGACACAAGCACGAAAGUUAUUUUUGUGUAUGUUUUAUUGCUCAUUUGUUCCAAUUUUUCUUCACCUUGAUAUAGGAUAUCGUAGUAAUAUAUUCGUUAGCUAAUACAUUGCAUUUGGACUGAGAAGAAAUGCGGGACCGAACCAAGGAACUGGGCAAUACUGCCGAGGUGUCAGACGAGGAUGAAGAGGGCAGGGCACUUAUGAUCAAACCAGGGACUUCAACAGUGAGGGAGGAGAAGGAGAAUGAUGCAUUUUUCAAGAAGGUCCAAGAGAUUCGAGAGGGACUGGAAACGCUUAAAAAGGUGGUUUCUGACCUUGAGAACAAACAGAAGACCGUGUUGGGUGUGGCACUGCCAGAGGACGGCAUGAAAAGGGAACUCCAAACCCUUCGGGAACAGAUCAAAACAAUGGCAAUGCAGAUCCAUAAGAAACUGAAGAUCAUUGAACCCAAGAAAGGAGAAGAUGAUGGGAAAUACAUCCCCAUAAACCUAAGGAUGCAGAGAGCCCAACAUGGCGUCUUGUCUCGGGAGUUUGUGGAGUUGAUGGGCCACUGUAACACCAUCCAGGCUUCCUACAGAGAUCGCAAUGUGGAGAGGAUACAGAGGCAGCUCAGAAUCACUGGCACCAAUGUAACAGAUGAAGAGUUGGAUGUUAUGCUUGAAAGUGGACAGACUGAUGUUUUCACACAGAAUAUCCUGAUCGACGCUAAAGCCACUAAGCAGGCGCUGAAUGAAAUUGAGUCCCGGCAUGACGAGAUCCUCAAACUGGAAAGGAGCAUCAGGGAUCUGCAUGACAUGUUCCAGUACCUGGCCAUGGAGGUGGAGGCUCAGGGGGAGAUGGUCAACCGCAUUGAAGCCAACGUCCUCAACUCAACUGAUUAUGUGCAGAAGGCAGUGGUGGAGACCGGAAAAGCUGCCACCUACCAAAACAAAGCACGCAAGAAGAAGAUAUGGAUCGCGUUAUGCUGUGCCAUUCUCCUCCUCAUUUUAGCCAUCUCAUUGGCGAUCACCUUCUCCUGAGAUACAGACACUGUCGUCUUCCCCUAACCCACUCUCCUGCCCUGAGACCUUGGAAAAAAGACAUGUCCUGAUAUCACUGAACUUUUGACUAACACCACUCUCAUAGACAGACUCAAACAAUCAUAGUCUCAUGUUAACUGCCCCACUCUCAGCGAAAGGCAAUGCUGAAGGCUUUUUGGCCCCCCUCUGUGGUGCCCUUUUCCAUUUAGGAUGCCAUUGAAGAAAUGUGUGGACAACUCAUUACUCAACGUGCUGGACCCCUAUGUAUCCACAAGCAUGGAAGAAUGCAGUAUUGGAACUGGCACUGAUCAGAUUUACUCAGGAAAACCCAUGGCUAAGGUGGUUAUUUUACAAAGUGAAAUAAACUUUUUAAAUACAGAUAGAAUAUAAUUGUAUAUCGCCAAUGUUCGUAUUUGUUGAGUAAUUAAGACAUGCAGUUUUAUAAACCUUUCGAGAUGUCUGAACUGGCUUCUAUGUUGCCCCUGAAAUUGAUCUCUGAUCACUACAAUGAAUGGCCCACUCCCAUGUUGUCCUAUUUACAUCAGUAUUUAUUUAUAGUUUGAAUAUUGUUGUGGAAGCUGCUAUUUUAAUAGUCUUGCCACAGCAACAAUGGGAAUCCUUAUAGUUUUGGUGCCUUUUUCCGUAUGUGCCAAGGGCUCUAAGAACAAUGUAAUGUACUACCUUAUUUUGUAAAGAAGGGAUGGAAACUGCUGUAAUUAUUCAAUGCUUCCUUUGUAAAAAAAAAAAAACAGUUAA